AUGGCAGGUUCUUCUUCUACCUCGUGCUCUCUGCUGCUGGUGGUUGCGGCGGCGAUGCUGAUGUCGUUGCUCUACGCCGCCAACGCCGGCUCGUCGCGCCAACUGACUGCCGGUUUUAGCCGUGUCAUGCUGAACGAGUCACAGUUCGUGGUGCAGAAGCCUUACGACCUGCCGCUCAACGAGCGGUACGACCCGUGCGGCGGCGUCCGGCGCUUCUGGGUCUUCGCCACCGACAAGCCCAUCAGCGCCACCCGUCCUGGCUACCCGCGCACUGAGAUCAAAGUCGACGUACGUCGCCUCUCCACGGCAAGACUAGCUAGCUUCUCGACCAUUCCAGGUCCUUUUCCCUGUACUAACUCUGCACGUGUUGAUCAUCAUCAGAAGGUGUACAGCUCCGGGGUGUGGCAGUUCGAGGGCGACGUGUACGUGCCGUGGGGCACGUCGGGUGCGUCGGUGAUGCAGAUCUUCGGCGCGGCGCCGCCGCACGCGUCGACGGUGAUGCUGCCCGUCUACGACGGCCAGCUUACCUACUACCACAACCUGACCAGGGUGGUUGCAGACCGCGUGUACGACCGGUGGAUCCGUCUCAACGUGGUGCAUGACGUCGCCGCCGGGAACGUCACCGUGUACGUCGACGGCGAGAGGAGGCUGGAAGUCCCGGGCCACGGCGGGACGGAGCACUACUUCAAGUUCGGCGUGUACACGCAGGGGCUUCACAACCAUUCGCACCGCAUGGAGGCGCACUGGAAGAACGUCGCCAUCUACACCAAGCCGUAUGCGUGA